AUGGACUUAGUGAUUAAUAAGGAGAAAGGGAAGAAGGGGCUUCUGAUCAAGACAUGGGAGCGGUGCAGAUCCUUCGGCCGCGGUGCCCGGAAGACCGCUCCGUUGGACGGCGCGAUGAUGACGAAGAGCAAGACGUGGCCGCGCGCGGCCGCGGCGGGCGGGCGGAAGAAACAGGGGGUGGCGCGAGAGGGAUGUUUCUGCGUCUACGUGGGACCUCAGAAACAGAGGUUCGUGGUGAAAGCAGAGUACGCCAACCACCCGCUGUUCAAGAUGCUUCUGGAAGAAGCUGAGCUGGAGUACGGGUACAACAGCCAGGGCCCACUCGCGCUACCCUGCUCCGUUGAUCUUUUCUACAAGGUCUUGAUGGAGAUGGACGGUGGCGAUGACGAUGAUCGGAUUCAUCAAGCGUGUGGGUUCGCCAACGGUUGCGGGCCCUAUCAACUUCUCAGUCCGUCCCGCAUGGCCCUGAUGAACAAGACGAACUUCUAG